AUGGCCGAGGACACCUCGGCUCAGGACUACGUCCGCGUCAAGCGGCGAAACACCAUCAUCUUUCUGUACGUCCAGCUCUCCGACACCGCCUCCGACCUGCGCCAAAAGCUGAGCGCCAUCAGCAAGGUUGACGCGGCCGAGAUGAAGCUCUUCCUCGACAAGAAUGGCGACGUGCCGCUCGACGAAAAGAAGAGCCUCGCCGACCAAAAGGCGCGCCCGCUCCCAGGCCGAGCGUCCACGCAGUAUGGCAGCAGCUGGGAGCCCGUCGAGGUGGGGGCGCCGGAGGAGGGCGCGUGA